AUGCACAAGGCAUACGUAUACAAAGACAGCGUGUCCAGGAAUCCAUGCGGCGUGUGGACCCUGGUGGGAUUUUGGUGCGCACCCUUCAGCUGAACCCAAGAAGACGCCGGAGGUACUCUGUACCAGCCCCAAACAGUCUUUGGCACAUUGACGGAAAUCAUAAACUGAUAAGAUGGCGUAUUGUUGUGCAUGGUGGUAUUGACGGCUUUAGUCGUUUAAUCGUGUUCUUGAGUGCCGCCACCAACAACCGAGCAGCAACAGUGUUAAGAAGCUUUCAUGAAGCUGUCUGUGUCUACGGUUUGCCGUCUCGUGUGAGGUCAGAUAAAGGUGGGGAAAAUGUUGCUGUUGCACGCUACAUGGUGGAGAACAGAGGACUGAACAGAAAUUCACACAUUGCUGGCCGGAGUGUCCAUAAUCAAAGAAUUGAAAGGCUCUGGAGAGACGUUUACAACAGCGUACUCGAUCUCUUCUACACCAUCUUCACCAACCUUGAGAGAGAAGGCUUUCUCAAUCCUGACGAUGAAAUCCAUCUCUAUGCUCUGCACUGGUGCUUUUUACCCCACGUACAGAAACACCUUCAGUUUUUCCGGGAUGGCUGGAACUGCCACAGACUGCGCACCGAGGGAAACCAGUGCCCGCUGCAACUGUGGAGUCUCAAUGAACGUGAUGGACAGCAGGACCCAACACAGGUUGACAUGGAGUUUGGAGUUGACUGGACUGGGCCGUGUGGUCAUCGUCGGCCUGGUGUUGUGGUCCCUGAAGUUCAGCUGCAACGCACACUAACUGAGCAGGAAGUUGACAAUCUACCAGACCCUGAUGGCCCUCUGUCCAAUGUGUUGGAGGUCUUUGUUCAGACUGUAGGCGUCAUCUCCGAAAUGCUCCAGUAAAAGUCUGUCACCAGCUGUAGUUUAAAUAAAUGCUCUGGUUAAGCAUA